GCUUUUUUAAUUACAAACUCGUCAACUAACUCGAAACCCUCACACACACACACACACACACACAGUAACUCACUUCGUCUCUCACUCAUCAACCUACAAAAUUCAAAUUCACGAUCUUCAGUUUUCAAUUUUCAGUUUUCAGUUUUGUUUCUGUUUCUCUCUCAUGGAGAUUUUGCUCCGAUCAUGCCCUAAUUUCGCAGCGAAAUCUCCAGUGAAAUUAGGUUUUCAUAGGUGUUUUGGCUUUCGUACGGUUGCGAUCAGUAAGCAGAGCUGUAAUGUGAAAUUGAGAGCCAUAAGUAGGAGCUCAGAAGACGGAUCUUCUUUCGUUGAAGAUGUGAAGAAGAAUGGCGUGUUAUUUGGCGCUGAGAUGGAUGAAUCUGGUUCGGUUGUUGGAUUUCGUUUGGGUCCUCAAUCUGGUGACACCCAAGUUAGCAACACUCAUGAUAAUGUUUCAGAUGAUAAAAAAGAAGUGAUUGUGGAUGAUGAGUUGGUACAAAAAACAUAUACAGAAGUGACCCACCACAUUGUCUUUGUUACUUCUGAGGCAUCACCUUACUCAAAAACCGGAGGUUUAGGAGAUGUGUGUGGCUCUUUGCCAAUCGCACUUGCAGCACGUGGGCAUCGUGUGAUGGUUGUUACACCUAGAUAUUUGUGUGGCGGGCCUUCAGAUAGGAAGUUUGAUAGUGCUGUUGAUCUUGAUUGUCGAAUUAAGGUUUCUUGUUCUGGUGGGGUUCAGGAGGUUGUGUUCUUUCAUGAGUACAAAGCAGGUGUUGAUUGGGUAUUUGUGGAUCACCCUUCUUUCCACCGUCCUGGAAAUCCGUACGGUGAUGCUUAUGGUGCAUUUGGGGAUAACCAGUUUCGGUUCACCUUACUUUGUCACGCAGCAUGUGAAGCUCCUUUAGUUCUUCCUUUGGGAGGGCAUAUGUAUGGUGAAAAAUGUUUGUUCCUUGCCAAUGAUUGGCAUGCUGGUCUUGUGCCGGUACUAUUAGCAGCAAAGUAUCGCCCCUAUGGAGUUUACAAGGAUGCUAGGAGUAUUGUUGUGAUACACAAUCUUGCUCACCAGGGAGUAGAGCCUGCAUCAACUUACAGCAAUUUUGGAUUGCCACCAGAGUGGUAUGGAACAUUGGGGUGGGUAUUCCCUACUUGGGCGAGAACACAUGCUCUUGACACCGGUGAAGCGGUUAAUAUUCUAAAAGGUGCAAUUGUCACUGCUGAUCGGAUACUGACAGUUAGCCAGGGCUAUUCUUGGGAAAUUACAACCCCGGAAGGUGGAAAUGGUCUAGAUGAGCUUCUUAGUAGUCGAAAGACUGUUGUUAAUGGGAUCACAAACGGCAUUGAUGUAACUGAAUGGAAUCCAUCUGUAGAUGAGCAUAUCCCUUCUCAUUACUCUCUGGAUGACCUUUCAGGGAAGACUGAAUGCAAGAUUGCACUUCAAAGAGAAUUAGGCCUACCAAUUCGGCCAGACUGCCCAUUGAUAGGAUUUAUUGGGAGAUUGGACUACCAGAAAGGUAUUGACAUAAUUCUCUCGGGGACUCCUGACUUAUUACAAGAUGAUGUUCAAUUUAUAAUGCUUGGAUCUGGAGAAAAACAAUAUGAAGACUGGAUGAGAGCCACUGAAGCAACAUUCAAAGAUAAAUUCCGUGGAUGGGUCGGGUUUAAUGUCCCUAUAUCGCACCGGAUAACCGCAGGAUGUGAUAUUCUACUAAUGCCCUCAAGGUUCGAGCCUUGCGGUUUAAAUCAGUUGUAUGCAAUGCGAUAUGGAACUGUACCAGUAGUCCAUGCAACCGGAGGACUUGGAGACACUGUAAAGACUUUUAAUCCAUUUGCUGAUGAAGGAAAAGGUGAAGGUACCGGGUGGGCGUUUAAACCUUUGACAAGAGAAAGCAUGUUGGAUGCGUUAUGGGUAGCUAUAGAGACAUACAGGAAUCACAAAACUUCUUGGGGAGGGUUGAUGAAGAGGGGAAUGGAAAGAGAUUACUCAUGGGAUAAUGCUGCGGUCCAAUAUGAACAAGUUUUUAAAUGGGCUUUCAUCGAUCCUCCUUAUGUCAGUUAAUUAAAUUAAAGGGUUAAUACCAUAAAAAACCAACAUACUUUCUUAUUUUAAAAAGAAAAGUCCGUCAACCCAAUUUUGGUUCAUUUAAGUCCCUAAACUUUUUCUAGAAUACAUGCACUUGGAAAAAAAGUUCAAAGAAUAACUUGUUAUCUCUUAGAUUGAUCAAAUUAAGAUGGUAUAUUUUUUUAGCAAAUAAUUUAAAUGUCACUUCAUCACAUGUUCACUACUUUAGAGAGUAAUAAGUAAUCAUUAUUUGUCUUUUUUCACACGUUUGUGCCUUCUAUACAAGUUUAUGGACUUUAAUAUACCAAGUUUGGGUUUACAGAUUUUUUGGACAAGUUAGGGACUUUAAUAUAUCAAAACCAUGUUGAGAGACUUAUUCGUGUAAAAUAAGAAAGUAUGAAGGUUUUUAUGGUUUUUUUGGGGGUACCCUCCGUUUGCAUGCAUCACAAGGGGGUAAAAUCUUGGUUAUGUUUUACGACGGGGUCGUCGCCAUUGCCAAUGACGACCUCUUGAGAGAUCAACACUGCCAACGGCGACACGUUGAAAGAUCGCCAUUGCAAUGGCAAUGACCCCUUUGUGAAAUGUGGCCAAGAUUUCACUCCCUUGUGAUGAAUGCAAGAUUUGGUGCUCCAAAUAACAAAAAUUCGUUUUUAUGGUUUUUACUUUAAAUUAAAAUAUAUACAAAUAAGGCGACAUGGGUUGAAUAAAUCGGGAUCUUAUUCAUACUGACAAUUGGUCAGCUACAAGGAUCAUUGUUUCAUAGGUUUCAAACAUCUGGUUGUGAACCACAUGGAAGUUGAUAACAGGCUAUUGGGUGUAUUCCAGACAUCUUAUGAACACCAUUUUUUAGAAUAUGAAUAAACUUUAAAAUUGUUAUGAAGAAUUAUAGCAAGGAUGUUUGUUAGAUACAGUUGAAUCAUAUUAGGAGAUUAUUUUCUUCAAGGUUACUCCAUUUUUAUGCUGUAAAAAUAAAUGACAAUGAAUAAUAAUGUUUUAUGUAAAGUUACU